AUGAAUAGAGUUGUGGCUCUGGUCGACAUGGACUGUUUCUAUGUCCAAGUAGAACAGAAACUCCAGCCUCAGUAUAAAGGAAAGCCAUGUGCUGUAGCACAGUACAAAAAAUGGAAGGGUGGUGGACUGAUAGCAGUGGGAUACGAGGCAAGGGCUUUUGGAGUGACCAGACAAAUGAUGGGAGAUGAUGCGAGGAAAAAGUGUCCAGAUCUCCACUUGUUUAGAGUGCCGGAACUCAGAGGCAAAGCUGACCUUACCAAAUAUCGAGAGGCGGGAGCAGAGGUUAUCACAGUACUCAGUACGUUCAGCCAAUGUGUCGAACGAGCCAGUGUGGAUGAGGCAUAUAUUGACCUCACUGAGGAGGUUGACAGACUGCUUCAGCACACAGAUAUGAUUAAUGCCACAGAUCUCCCGAACACUUACGUUGUUGGAAAUGACAGUGAUGGUGUCCGAGAAAAGGCAGUAGAGGACUGGUUAACAUCUGUUUAUGAUGGUCAAGAAUUUAGUGAGGCUAACCGGCGCUUGGCAGCAGGGGCUAAGAUAGCAGAGGACAUGAGAGCUGAAGUUUACAGAGUAACAGGGUAUAGAUGUUCAGCUGGCAUCGGACACAAUAAGAUGCUGGCUAAGCUUGUGUGUGGUUUCCACAAACCAAAUAAGCAGACGGUUAUCCCCCAAGACUCUGUUUCUGGCCUGUUCAGUACACUUCCUCUAACUAAAAUACGACAUCUUGGAGGGAAGCUUGGGCAAUCUGUUAUGGAACAACUCCAGGUGGAAAAUAUUGGUGACCUCUGUCGUUUUACUGUUAAAGAACUCCAGCAGUAUUAUGGUGACAAAACAGGGUACUGGCUGUAUGAAGUUUGUCGAGGGACAGAGAGAGAACCUGUGUCUGCCAGACAGCUGCCGAAGUCUAUAGGAUGUAGCAAAAAUUUUCGAGGCAAAGAAGCUUUGGAUACCCGAGAUAAGGUGAGGUUCUGGUUGGCAGAGUUGUCAGGGGAGAUUGUUGAGAGACUUGACAAGGAUAAAGAAAUGAAUAAAAGAGUGGGACGCUCAUUGACUGUUAGCAUACGAUACCGUAGCAACCCGUCAUCUGUGUCUGCCACAAGAGUAUGUGCACUGACACGAUACGACAGGAAGAAGAUUGAGGAAGAUGCCCUUGCCCUACUUCAGAAGUUCAACACCUCCGCUCCUCAUCAAGCUGUGUGGAUACCUGCCAUUAUUUGCCUGGGACUUUCUGCUGGUAAAUUUCAGGAUGAGUCAAAUGGAGGUGCCAUUACAGCAUUUCUAGGCAACAAAAACAGAGAAACAUUGCCUCUACCAGCUUCUCAAGGACAGAAAGAAAGCAUUGCUUCAUUCUUCAAGUCUAGUGUUGAGUCCUCAGAAUCAGAUUGUUUAGACAAUGGGAAGGAUUCAACCUUGGACACAAGUUUUGGUGAUCUGUCCUCACAAAGAAAACCAAGUGCAUUGGGACUUCUGAACAAGGAUACAGUGAGUCCUCCACAUAAACAAAUCAAUUUGGUUGGAAUACAAAGUUUCUUUACAAAAGCAUGUAGUGAUGGGAACAAUGUACAAACAUCUCCGGUUUCUCAGGCUGGAGAUCAAAAUCACAUCUCGAAGCGAGUAGAAACCAAUGCUGGUACUGGUGUGGUGGACAAAAGUGAAAAGAAGGGAUUUUUUGCUAUGAGGAACUGUGGUAAAUCAGAAUCAAACAUUGUUCCUAAUACAACUUGCUCUGAAUCCAGUAAUUCAGUGCUAAUGAAUACCUGUACCCCUAAUAGACAGAAGGAGAGCUGGUCUGAAAGUGUUGUAGAGGAAUAUCUGAAGCCAAGACUUCCACUCAACAUUCUGGAGUCAACAUUACAAACAUUUACUCCUAAAAUCCAAUCAACCAUGACAUCACUAUCCCCGAAUUCUCAUUCAAGCAAUUCUACUGAGAUCAGUAUUUCUGAUUUAGCUCCAGAUGUGAAGUCUGAUGAUGAUUAUGUUCCUUGUGAGAAAUGCCAGAAGAGAAUCCUGGUUUGGGAUUUACCAGAACAUAUGGAUUUCCACUUUGCACAAGACUUACAGAAGUCUAUGGCAUAUAAAACUCCUUUGCUGGCCAAGCGUAAACAUCAGAGCACUUCGCCAACAAAAAACAAAAAACUUAAAACCAAACAGACAAACUCCAAGACUAUUGAUAGCUUCUUUGGAAAACACUGAACAAGAUCAACAAAUCACUCUUGACACCAAAAUUAAUCAUGUUUCAAUCCACAUCCAUGCAUACAAACUCAGCAUAUGCUGAAUUACUGGAAACAAGAUAGAAGGACCUGGAAAUCAAAGUACAUGACUAAUAAGCUUGUCACCUUAUUUCAAAGGGAGAACAGUCUUGUUAGAUAAUUGAAUUCAAGGUAACAUCAAAGUCAACAUGGAUAGGUAAACUCAAUUAUGAGGUCAACUACUAGAUACAGUUCAUCUCAGUUUUAAUGAAAUUGUUCAGGAAAUUUAAGAUACUUCAAACUAUCAAUUUUCAUUUUAAACAAAGGCUGUUGAUGCAAUAAUGAAAGUCCAUACCAGGUAGGGUUGCCUUCAAGUGAGACUGAAUCCAUGUGACACCAAACAAAUAGGCCACAUAUAUAUUGCUGUAUUAUUUAUUUGAAAGUACACAUAUCUAUUUCCGUAUUUCACCUUUACAUUAAACUUGAUUUUUGCAGCAUUGAAUUUGCCCUGAAUUACAGAGAAACUGUAUUUCUGCUCACUAAACUUGAGUCUGCUUUUGUCCUCCUUAUCAGUAAAAGAGUGAAAUAAACAAAAGUUUAACUGUUUUGGAUUAAAGAAGACAUUUUAUUCUUGAAGUUUCUAUUCAAAUAAAGCAGUAUCCAAUAUGGUCAAGAGUAAAUUGAGCCACUGAUGAAUCAUAAUGUAGCAAUUUUUUGGCCUGAUCACUACCAUCUCAAAUCUUUGUUAGCAGGUGUAUAAUGAAGGGAGGUAACUCUAGUGGUCUUGUGAUAGAACUCUCUUGUCAUAUCAUUAAUGGGAUAUAAUUGGGUGUAAAAUUUUGAUAAAAUAAUCCUGACCCAGCUCAUACGUCAGUCAUAAAAAGAUUUACUGUGACCUCUCCUUCUUAGUUUUUGACAAUUUUUUUCAACUGAAUCCUUUAAACCAGAAGUUAUUUAGCUGGAACCACAAAAAACUACAGUCUUAAAUCAAAUAUUGACCCCCACCCCUUUUCACCCCCAAAGCCUACACAAAUUGUGAAUACUAUAACCAGUUGACCAUAAAGUAUCUUGUUCUUAAAGAUAGACUUAUCACUGAACAGUCAUAGAAUAGCCCAAACACACCUGUACAUUAAAAAUUCAGUCCUGCAAGAAGAUAGUUACGCUUGCUGAUGUGGUUUGAUAGGUCUUCAUUUAAAUGAGGGUGAUGUUAUACCAUGGCUUGAAAUUUUUAUACAGUAUUUAUUUCCUUGUUUCUAUUCUGGAAAAUGUUUUGUCAGAAUAUUGUUAUGCUGUAAAGG